GAUAAGUAUGACGUAUUUACGCUUCUCAUGGCCGAAAGAAGACACGACGUUGUUGCCCCAUGGUAUCAGAAUAAGUGCAAUCUGACAAAACAGGAGCCCUUCUAUUCGUCGCAACAUUAUAUAUAUUGUUGCUCGGAAGUUGGUGGACGAGAUUCUAAUCCCCUGCCACUAGUAGAAAAUGCACUUGGGCCUCCAGCCGCUCCUCGUCAGCUUUGGACAGGUAAGGAUAGUCCUGCUCCAUCAAGAGAGGUGACCAUGAAGGACCGUGAGAUGGAGGCUCCAUUGAAUUUGCAGUCUGAGACGUACUCUGCUGGUGGAAGAAAGCAGCGCCUCCCUUCAACUGAGGGCUUAGUUAUAGAGGAGCACUCAAAGACAUCUCUCCAAUCCCCUCUCAAGAGGGGGGCCCCCAUAGUUGGUAACAGCAUCAACAGGAUCUCCCCAAGUUGGGGACCUAGAGAUACGGGAGGAGAAUGGCGCAAGUUUCUCUUCAUCCCAGAUGAAGUGUAUGAGGAAAUGACCAAGCCAUUUAGGUUUGCUGCCAUCGGCGCUUUUUAUGGAGGAGGUUCCAAAGCCAGUAUGGAACAUAGUUUUGUUUUCAAGAACUUAAGACACCAGUGAAAAUAAGUCUGUUUUAUCAACGUUUCUCUGUUUUGGGCAAAGGGUUAUACCUCAUCAGGGUGGACUCAGAAGUUGAACUACAACUUAUGUUGUAGAGGAACUCUUGGCGCAUCGGUGCUAAAACUUUUGUUGCCAGUCGUUGGAGCCCUAGCAAGGAGAUGAAGGUUGACCAUACUGUAUGGAUUCCAAUCUGGAUUCAAAUCCCUAACCUGGCGUCUAAACUAUGGAAUUGAUCGGUUUUGGAUGGAAUUACGAGGACUUUGGGAGGUGAAGUCGUCAGCGUUGAUCCUUUCACUCGCUCACUGGUUCGCAUGGGCUAUAAUUGAUUGUGCAUUGAAGUUCCUCUCUACUUCUCCCCCCAAUCAGAAAUUUUCUUGCACAGAACUAACGGGGAUUUCAUCCGGAUUGAGAUUGUUUAUGAAAAUAUGAUCAGAUUUUGUCGCCAUUGUGGAUCACUUACUCAUUUGGAUUCGAAUUGUACCCAGUCCAGGGUGAGCUCUGCAUAGGAGGUUGAGAACAAAUCUUUGCAAACUCAAUGGAUGGACUAAAAUUAGAAUUGCUAAGAAAGCUACGAAUCUGAAAUGCCCUG